ACUGGAAAUAUCACGUGGAAGAGAAGCAUCACCAGAAAGCUUUCGCCACUCGUAAUUCAGAACGAUAUUAUCAUCAUUUGAACAUGGAAUAUAGUUUAGUUCUGUAUAAUCAGAAUCUGCGAUAUGCAUACUCUCCUCAGUUAACUGAUAUUUUGAGAAGUGUGCAUUGUCCGUCCGCCACGGACCGGUAUUGCGUCGCUUGACGUUCAUUAUUAUAUAUCUGAAUCCUUUUAUCUACGCUGUAUGAUGAUACACAUUUAACACUAGGUUAUAGCCUAUCCAACGAAAAAGCGACGGUGAUUUUGCGGAGAGAAACUGCAUUACCUCAUUAUUGUUCUUUCAUUCAUUCUUUCGUGGAAAACAGCAUAAAAUGAGUGAACAGAGUAUUUGCCAGGCUCGGGCCUCGGUAAUGAUCUAUGAUGACACCAGCAAGAAGUGGGUGCCCAUCAAGCCAGGCCAGCAGGGCUUCAGCCGUAUCAACAUCUAUCACAACACCACUAACAACACCUUCCGUGUGGUGGGGGUCAAACUGCAGGACCAGCAGGUUGUGAUAAACUACUCUAUAGUGAAGGGGCUGAAAUAUAACCAGGCCACACCGACCUUCCACCAGUGGCGAGAUGCCAGGCAGGUCUAUGGGCUCAACUUUGCCAGCAAAGAGGAGGCCACUACCUUCUCCACUGCCAUGCUCUUCGCACUCAAUGUGCUAAGCUCCCAAGAUGCAGGUCCAGCUGGGCAUCGGCAAAAUGGGCCAGUGACAGAUGAAACAGAUGCCCAGAGGAGGCAAAUGAUGGAUCAGCACCAGAUGCAGGUGGAGAGGGAGCGCCGAACUUCUGGCUCUGCAGUCUCCACCCUUCAGUUUAAAGUGUCUGCGUCUGCCUCUCAUUGUGACACCCCAUCACCAGACUCCAGACAGUUCCGUGCCAACACACUCCCCUCCUCUUCCACUCGCCUCAGUCCUUCCCUGCCCUCCUCUUCCUCCAAGGAGCAAGAGAGUGGCUAUCGCACAGUGGACUCCUCGCACAAAAAAGCUCAGAGGUUUUCCCAGCUGUCCACCUCUCUGCCCUCAGCAUUCUCCCCUGUGCAGCCGGGGGGUGUUCUGCCCUUUCGCAACGUGCGGCAGAUCCCCCUCUCUCCCCCUACUGCUCCCCGUGAGCCAGACCAGAGCACAGCACCCAAACAUGGCACCUGGUCCUCCACCCACACGCACACCCCACUGGCCACCACGUCAUCCCCUGGUUCCAUGUCCAUGCCCAUCAAACAGCCCUGCACACAGCCUGUACUGCCUGUGGCCCUCCCUCUUUCACUUUUCAGUAAUGGUCCCAAAGCACCUAUUUCCUCUUCAAACUUUGACCCCACAGCUCUCCUGGAGCAGCCUCCCAAUGGCCAGCAUGAGGACUGCUACCACUUCCAGGCACUGCCUCCUCAGGCUGUGUCCUCUAGUGCUUCUCCUCACCCCCACUAUUGCCAGCCAGAACCCUUCUACUAUGAGGCCAUCCCCCUGUCUCCCCUCAUUGGUCAGCCAGCCCAAGGUCACACCCACCAGACACAGGUUGCCUCUUCCUUCCAGCCACAGCCACACUGUCACUCCACACCUCCCUCUUAUACCUCUGUCUCGGAGGGGCCUUUGUCCAAGAUGACAACCCCUCUCAUCUCUCAGGAUGCCAUAGCACCCACCAGUCCUUCCCUCCCUCCGGGACAUCCAUCCAUGCUCUCCUCCACUCCCCCACUCCACCCCCCUGCCCCUGUGCCCGCUGUGGGUCCACCAGCUCCUCCACCUCCACCUGGACCCCCACCCCCAGCCACAGCGCCUCUUCCGAUUCCACCUCCCCUCCCAGCCGGAGGAGGUCUCGCUACCUCUGGCCUGGCUGCAGCUCUGGCAGGAGCCAAACUUCGCAAAGUGCCACGGCCUGAGGAGGGCACCGCUGGACUGGGCAGUACCAAGAACGAUGCCAGCCGCUCAAGCGGAGGCAGCGGAGGAGGCGGCGAAGGCCUCAUGCAGGAGAUGAAUGCCCUCCUGGCGCGAAGGAGGAAAGCUUCAGAGAAACCAGAAGACAGUCAAAAUGAAGAGGCCAAUGGCUCACCUGGCUCACGUGGUUCAAGCCAGCAGAACUCAACAGAUGCUGUGAAAAAGCCAUGGGAGCGAGCAAACUCUUCAGACAAAUCCUCUGCUGGCUCUAGGCUGAGGCCUGUUGGCAGCAGUACUGAUGCAGAGCUGGCGGACUUCGACAGAAUGAAACAAGAGAUAUUGGAGGAAGUUGUACGCGAACUACAUAAAGUCAAAGAUGAGAUUAUUGAUGCUAUUAGAAGAGAACUCACCAGGAUGGGUACUACAUAGUGUUUAUGAGCAUUGUCAUGGUUACUAAUCAUUAUUUGGGAAGUGCAUAAAAAGGUUCCACCAAGGCACUUUGGAAAAACAUUCUCACAACAUAGCUGCAAUGGCACAGAAAUAUCAUCGAGUUGCAGAAAUGUUGCGGCAACAAAGAAGCAUUAGAGAAAGGAACAAGAGAAAGUGGGGAAAUAGGAGUGAGUGAGAAUGAGUGGCUGGCUGGCUGGCUGUAUGGGUGGAUAGAUGGACCUUCACACUGACCUUUCUAUUUUCUCCUGUAUGAACAUUAAAGACUCAGCCCACUGUGCAGUUUGCUGCUCUUUCAAGUCUUAAAGAAAAAAAUGUACUAGUUGGAACUUGAAGAUUUUUUUUUGUUUUAUACUGUUUUAUUGUUUAAUUGACGGUUACUGUUAUUGUUAAAAUUCUUUUAUUAUUAGUGGUAUAGAGAGGAAGAUACAACAUUUCUCAAAUUUAAGUCAAACUUUUAUAUUUGAUUACUUUCUUUAUUCUUUGGAUUUUGAUAAGCACAUUCACCACCCUACCGCUGACAUGUCUCCAGACUACAUCAACAUUUUUUAAAGUGUUUUUUUUUUUUUUUCCAGUGCAGAUGUACAAGUUCACUGGAUUGUUUCUAGCUUGAAUUUGAAAUGGUGGUGUGAGGUGUUUGAUGAUUGUUGCCCUCUGAAUAAAUCUUAUGAAAGAUGAAA